UACUGGUCCAGUCCUGAUACUGGUCCAGUCCCAGUUCUGAUACUGGUCCCUCCUCAGAGUCGGUGCGGCCAGCAGCUCCGGAUCGCCCGGGUUCUGCUCAACAGCCCAGAGAUCGUCAGCAUCGGCCUGGUGUGGGACUCGGAGAACUCGGACCUGGCCGAGGACGUCAUCCACUCUCUGGGAACCUGCCUGCGACUCGGAGAUCUGUUCUACAGGGUGACUGAGGAGAAGGCCCGGCGGGCCGAGCUCUACCUGGUGGGCGUGGUCUGCUACUACGGCAAGCACUACUCCACCUUCUUCUUCCAGACCAAGAUCAGGAGGUGGAUGUACUUCGAUGACGCUCAUGUGAAGGAGAUCGGGCCCCGGUGGAAGGACGUGGUGUCGCGCUGCAUUAAAGGCCGCUAUCAGCCGCUGCUGCUGCUGUACGCCGACCCGCGUGGGACGCCGGUGACCCUGCAGGACCUGCCACCACGCCUCGACCUGCAGCGCCUCCACAAGGCCGGCUACGACAGCGAGGACUCGGGCCGCGAGCCGUCCAUCUCCAGCGACACUCGAACCGACUCGUCCACAGAGAGCUACUGUGGCCGCCAGUCCUCCCAGUCCUAUCAUGAGGCCGUGGCGAGUCGCUGCUCAUCCGACUCCCAGGGAACGCUCGUCUGCAUGGAGCGACCCGACAGAACGCUGCACGCCUCCCUCUGCAGCCUGGACGCCAUAGGCCGUGUGGCAGAUGAGCAGCCUCUGAGGAAAGGAGGCGGGGCCACAGACAGGAGGCGGAGCUCCAACAGGUCUCGGCGAAUCAAACCAGAACCCGAUCCGCCAUCAGCAGGUUACCACAGCGAUGGAGAAACCUUAAAGGAGAAGCAGGCUCCUCGGCACCUCCCCAAACCUUCAUCCUGCUCCUCAUCCUCAGCCAGUCGCCUCAGAGACUUUAAGGAGACGAUGACCAACAUGAUCCGCCCGCUGUCCUCCUCGUCCUCCUCCUCUCUGCCGGCCGCCGUCCUCUCCUCCGAGCUCCUCUCCUCCUCCUGCUCCAGCCAGCACCUCCCUGCUGCAGACACAGCUCUGUGCUCCUCCUCCGCUCCAGUCCAGGACUGGGAGGCUGACAGCACCAGCAGCGAGUCCAAGGCCAGCUCCUCAGGAGGAGCAGGGAGGUGCCGGCCGGCGUGGAGGCCGCGGAGGGAGACGCUCAACAUCGACACCAUCUUCAUGCGCGAGCGGCGGAGGCAGGCAGGAUACAGCCCGCUGGGAGGAGGAGCCUGUGAGCCCGAUGGGGCCCACAGCACCUCGUCAGGCCAGGAGGAGGCGCCGUCCAUCAGAGCGGCGUUCUCCCAGACUCUCCCCAGCUCCUUCAGAGGGCCGCAGCUCCCUGCGCCUCCUGCUGCUCCCAGGCUGAUCCAGAGGAUGGAGAGCGGCUACGAGAGCAGCGAGAGGAACAGCGGCAGCCCCGUCAGCCUGGACCUCAGCCUGGGAGACAGGGAGAGUGGUGUGAAGAAGCCUUCCUCCUCCUCCUCAUCCUCAGGACCCUCAUGGAGGAACAUCAGGUCAAAGAGCAGCGGCGCUCUGCUGCAGGACCUCGCCUCCUCCAGCAGGGGGAGCCUCGCGCCCCCCGCAGGCCGCAGCGAGCUGGACGAGCUGCAGGAGGAGGUGCUGAGGAGAGCCAGGGAGGAGGAGCAGCAGCGGCGGCAGGAGAAGGAGAGGGAGGAGGCGCUGGGCUUCAACCCCAGACCCAGCAAGUACCUGGACCUGGACCAGCUGCAGAUCCAAGGUAAAGGCGAGAGCUUUGACAGGUGUGUGAUGGAGGCGGAGCUCCUGCUGGACCAAUCUCUGCGCUUGGAGCAGGCGGGUGACGUUGCGGCGGCGCUCUCUGCGGUCAAUGAAGCCGUCUCCAAGCUGCGGCCGGCGGCGGCUGAGGGCGGAGCCGGUAGCCACAGCCGGCUGCAGCGCUGCAUGAGGAGAUGCCGCAGCCUGCAGCAGCGCAUGCUGCAGCUGCAGCUGCAGCAGUCAGAGGCAGUAAGACAGGAAGCAGAGCAGCAGGAGGAGCAGCAGACGCUGGAACAGCCCAGAUCAAAGCCUCUCCCGCUCCCAGUACUUCUGACAGACAAGCAGGGCGACCAAUCAGCUGCCCGACAGGACCACCAGGCUCCUCCCCCUUUCACCUGCCUUGUUAAGCCCCUCCCUCCUGCAUCAGGUUUGCCCUCUGACCCCACCUCCAGCAGGAGCCCCUGCUCUGGCUUUGGGAAACCCCUCGGUAGCGCCAGGUCUCUCCCUGCUCUCGCUGUGGAAACCUACCUGGAUGACGUGGCUCCGCCCCCUCCACCAGAAGAGGCGUGGCCUGACCCGUCACAAGCCCCGCCCCCACACCGGCCAUGUUCCCAAACUCCAUCACCUGCUGGAGGUAACGGGUGUCAUGAGAUGAUGGAGGAUUCGGGUUUCUCCAGAAACAAACAGGCCACGCCCAGAAGCCUAGCCCCGCCCUCUUCCUCCUGCCCAACCAGGAAGUGGUCUUGUUUAACUCCGGAACAGCUGGAUGAUUCUCCAUCUAUCAGCUCCACCUUUUACUCUCCCUCAGGCUCCGCCCCCACUGUGGGCCGGCCAAUCAAGAGCUGCUCCCCACCAGCCAAUCAGCUUCUCAGAGCUGCCCUGCCUGUGCAACGCUGGGCUGAAAACAUCAACAGAUACUACAACUCCCAGCAUGCAGCAGAGGGGGAGGAGUUAUCUGAGCUGGAGACGCUGUACCAGGCCAGCCUGCAGGCUCCCAGCAUGCCACGGGGCAGCCGUGGAGUCAGCCCGCAGCCAGGGGGCAGCAGAGCAGCGGUGAGGAGAACGCCGUCUGGAUCCAGACGCUCCAAAACGCCGACGGCUGAAAUCAAGAGAAACGCCUACAGGAGACCGGCCUCACCUGGAGAGCAGCCCCCUGCAGGCGAAGACGAGAACUACAGCGCAGAGAACCUGCGACGCCUCGCUCGAAUUCUGAGCGGAACCGUCAUCGGGUCGAGACCACAGAACCUCCAGCAGAACCUCCAACGCAGCUGUGACCCCUCUGUGUCCAGGCCCCUUCUCAGACACUCAGACCUUCACUGCUCCUCUUCCUCCCUCCUCCUCCACCCCAGCACCUCCUCCCUGCACCUCCCCUCCUCCUCCUUCACAGCAGAUCGCUCCUCCUUCCACCGACUCCACAGCCCUCCGGCUCCACAGCGCCCCCACACGCAGACGCCACACCCCCCCCCCUCCUGGGGACGCUCAGGUUCUCCUUGGCACCAGGUUCUGGUUCUGUCUGACAGCGGUCCGACUCCCUCAGCUCUCCACAGCGUCGCCAUGGGUUACGCCACUCUUCCUCGCCACGCCCCGCCUCCCCCCUCCUCCUCUUCCUCCCUCCCCAGGCCCAGACCCGGUUCUGCUGGUCCACAGCGUCUCCUCGCUGACCCGGUCGACCCCCACCACCAUCAUCAGGCGUCACUUCCUGUCGGAGGAGCCGGCGCUGCUCCACGGCGCCCCCGUGUGUCAGGAGACGUUCCUGCUCAGCCUCUGCGCCUGGACGUUCCCCCGGAGACGGACUGGCGGCGCCAUGUGGACCCGCGGGCCGCCCGGUACCAUCAGCGCCCCCAGUGGAUGGACGGGCUCUGCCGACAGCUUCCUGCCGACCCGGAUCGUCCUUCCUGCCGACCCGGCCGGCUUCUGUGGCCCGGUGCCGUUCAGGCAGCAAACAGUGAGGGAGACGUCAGCAGGUUCAUGGAGGUCAGAGGUCACGACCAGAACCAGAACCUGAGAGGAGACAGAAGAACCUGAGCAGAUCCAGAUCCUCCCUGAAGAACCAGAACAGAGCUGGAUCAGAACCAAAGCCAGCAGAACUCGGUCCAGAUGUGGACCCGGGUCUCCUCCAGAACCUCCUCCAGAACCUCCUC